CGAGUACUCGAGUAGUAACAAUUCUAGGUAUAUACCUACCCAAAGUACCUUCUAUAUGCUCGCUCGAAACACAAAGUCGACUGGCCGAAAAGACGGGAAAAAAUGUCCGGAACGAUAACGACAACACCUCACAAUGCUCAACACUGCAAAACUUGGACUCGAGAUGGUUUCUUGAUCUCUACGGACCCGUUUCUCAUCCACAUCCCAACGCUCCAGAAGGCCUUUGACUCGGAUGAUAUGUACUGGGCCAGAUCGAUGCCAGAGCCGGAAAUGAGAACCAUGUUGGACCAUUCGUUUUGUUUUGGAUUGUAUUCUCCCACGCCGUCGCCCCCUCCAGCCCCCGGUACUGCUGACGCGAUGGAUUCGAGUAUGAUACUACCACCGGAUCCGUCGACCACUUUGCAUGAGAUUGCCGAGGGGGUUCAUCGACGGCAGCAGCAGCAGCAGAAGAAGAACAAGCAAGGUACGACGACGAUACAGGGAAUAGCACCGACGACGACCACGACCACGACGAAAAGGAUUGACUCUAGCGAGAAAGAAAAAGAAGACUCGUCGUCAUCAUCACUAAUCGGAUUCGCCAGAGGGAUCACGGAUCGCGUCACCUUCUUCUACCUAACCGACGUUUGGGUCUCGUCGGAAUGGCGUGGCCAGGGCCUAGGCAAGUGGUUGAUCUCAUGCGUACAGGAGGUGGUCGGGGACAUGGAGCAUCUCAGGAGGUGCAUGUUGGUCAUCGGACAGCACCAAGGAGGAAAAGAGGCAGAGACAUUCUACGCCAAAUCGAUGAAGAUGGAACGGUUGGGCGAGGAUGUGGUGCCGUUGCAUUGGAAGGGGCCGGGGUGUACUUUUUAG